CCGCCCGCUGCCUUCCGCCCGCCGCCAGCGUCGGAAGCGGCGGUGCCGCGUGGGGUGCGUGGGGCAGCGCGGUGCUCCCGGCCGCCGCGAUGGCCGUCCGUGCCAGCUUCGAGAACAACAAUGAGCUGGGCUGCUUCGCCAAGCUCACCAACGCCUACUGCCUCGUGGCUAUCGGCGGCUCCGAGAACUUCUACAGCGUCUUCGAGGGGGAGCUCUUCGGGACCAUCCCGGUGGUGCACGCCUCCAUCGCCGGCUGCCGCAUCAUCGGCAGGAUGUGUGUGGGGAACAGGCACGGACUGUUGGUCCCAAGCAGUACAACAGACCAAGAGCUUCAACAUAUUCGAAAUAGCCUUCCAGAUUCUGUACGAAUUCAGCGAGUAGAAGAGCGUCUCUCAGCGCUAGGCAAUGUCACUACCUGCAAUGACUACGUAGCUCUUGUUCAUCCAGAUCUUGACAGGGAGACUGAAGAGAUCUUGGCAGAUGUACUAAAGGUUGAAGUAUUCAGGCAGACUGUAGCAGAUCAGGUGCUAGUAGGAAGUUACUGUGUUUUUAGUAACCAAGGAGGAAUUGUGCACCCCAAAACUUCAAUUGAUGAUCAGGAUGAACUGUCUUCAUUGCUCCAGGUUCCACUUGUGGCUGGAACAGUGAAUCGUGGCAGUGAGGUCAUUGCAGCAGGAAUGGUUGUAAAUGACUGGUGUGCCUUCUGUGGACUGGAUACAACCAGCACAGAGCUCUCUGUCAUUGAGAGUAUCUUCAGGUUGAACGAAGCUCAGCCAAGUACCAUUGCUACCAAUAUGAGAGAUUCCCUGAUUGACAGCUUGACAUGAGCAGUGUUGGUUCAGGAAGCUCCUAAGGAGUGAUGUGUCAAGCAGCACUUCGGAUUACAGACAUCUAGAUCUUCUGUUGUUUCUGCAGGCCCAGCACCAGGAAGAGGCUACAAAAAAAACCUGUAGUGUUUUGUAAAAUAAGUAUUGUUGCAAAACGUGACAAAUAACAUAUAUAAGUUACAAAUAUGAAAUGCUUUCUAACUCUUUGCUAAUGUUCUCCAGUUUUUCUUCAGCUGUGUUUUCUUUGUUUAUGAUGCUGACUGAGGUCCUCAAUUUAGCCCACAAUAUUUCCUUUUGUCUUUUAGAUGUUGAUCACUAGAAAAUGUUUUGCCUUAAAUAGUGGAUCAGUGUUCUGCUGCACAGCAGGCUGUUUAAGCAUGUAUAUGGCACUGCCUUCCCUUUUCACAGUCUUGCUAAAGAGUGAUAAUACUGACAUAAGUUCACUUAAGAGCCCCUUGUGUUUUCUGUACCAAAAACAUAGUAGUUUACUUGCCAAAAAAAGAAUUCAGCAAGCAUCACCUGCUCUUGUGACCUGACUUGCAGCUAUUCUCACAGGGCUGGUGAUUCUGAAGUGAUUAGCUCAGAUUAGAAAUUGAGUUUCUCUAAGUCAAUACAGGGACUUAACAGCCAAGUGUGACUGCUUCCAGAGCAGUGGUAUUUGAUUUGUUGCCUGCAGACGUCUGGUGACAUAUAUGCUACUUCAGAGGCAUCUGCAAAAGUGCCUUGAAAAACAUGCAGUUGACAGUAGGCUUAAACGUGCUGUACAGGAGUUGGCCACCUACACUGGAAAACUCUUUAGAAGUCUGCAUAUCAAAAAGGGUUGAAGAAUGUCAUCUUGGGUUACCUUGGAGACAAAGGUUAAGUAACGCAGUUGUAAACAGUUACUUCAUUCAGGAAUAAGCUUUGGGAUUGGGAGCUUGCUAUUGAAGAGUUCUGCCUUUGUCUAGCAGUGGCGGUGACGUAAAUGCUGCUUUCAGGCAGAAGAUAGUCAUUUACUUCUAAACACAGCUAUGGCUCCUUGAUCUCUCAUUUCAGUUGCUUUUCUUGUGCUUUCUUGUUACAGGUAUGCCUCUGCUUCCUAUCCAAAGGGUAUGUGGAAGCUGCCUGCUUGCUUCCAUAUAGCUGUAUUAUUCUCAGCUGGAUUCUCUUGCGGAGUGCAGUCCUGAAGGCAGUUUGGGCAGAACUCUUUUUUUGGCCCUGGUGUUUCAGGCUCUGUAGAACAUUAAAUAAACCUCCACAUAUGUUGGAGUGUCUGGAUGUUUAGGGAACAAUUUAUAAGGUUGGAGUUGAUUAAAGGUUGUUCCUCAGACUUUUAAGUGAGGAUUGCCAUAGGAUUGUCUCUGAUCAUAGCUAGCCCUGUUACCUAGCCUGUCUAGAAUGGUGACAGGCAGGGGCUGCCAUUUCCAGACUGCUCAUGUGCUCUCUGCCACUGGGGAAGCCUGUAAGCAGGUUAUAGCUCUUCGUGUUAUUUGGCUAACGAUUUCAGUUGUCUCUGGCCCCUUUUAUGCAAUGGACACACUUUUUUGUCACUGACUCCAGGUCUCUUCCUCUUAGCAAAUCUCAGUAUUUAGAGUCAGGAACUGGUUUUCUUUGGUCACCUCAUAGGGCGUUGAUAAAUGGUGAAGUCUGACCAUCGCUGUGGGUGUUAGCAUAUAUUCAUCGAGUGUGAAGUGAGUAAGACUGCAGGUUUUGUCUCUGUUUUCCUUUUAAUUACAGUCAUUAUGCAGAAAUCCUAGUUUGUAUUAGUGAACUUGAUAUGUGUUAAAAAUUGCUUAGAGGUAAGCGAGAAAUAAUCCAGUUUCUGUGAAAUCCAAAUCCUUAAAUAAGAAAGAUACUGGGACAAUGUUGGCGAUAGAAAUAUGCCAAAGAGUAAGAGAUAGAAGAAUAGGGUAUUGCUAACUGCGAUGUAUGACCUCGUAUGAAUACUGCAUUGAAACCUGGGAACUGCAAGGUGGCAAACAUGUUAUCACUUAUAGACAAAGGGUUUGUGGGAAUUCUAAACUAGUAAGGUGGACCGGUGUACAAAGAAAACUAUCAGAAACUGUAGUAAAGAGUGAAAGUAGUAGAAACAUGGAUACAUGAUAGCAUGCAAGAGCAUAAACUUGGUGCUUUAAUGCCAAGUUCCACAAAGCCUAUGGAGUUAUUUAAAGAUUAAGUUUCUUUGUAAUCUAUCUGAACUUUCAAAAGGUAUUUGCAAGGUUUUGUGCCAAAGGCUUUUAAAGACCCUGGAUAAUCCUGUGGAAUGAGGGGGAGGCCCUUUUGUGUGUUAGAGGAUGGGGGGGGGGGGGAGGCAGAAGGCUGAAUUUUUCACUGGAUUUUUAUAGGGAGCUCAGCUGGAAGCCAUGGUGUUCAGUUUAUUGUGUCCUGUUUAGGACAGGAAGUGGAUUAGUGGAGCAAAGUUUACUCAAAAUGACUCAUUCUGACUAAUAGGGAUGAGGACUGACUGAUGUGGUGAUGGAAAGAUAUGGGAUGGGAGUUUCCCUUGAGGUUUAAUGACUAAUUACAAGACAGAAGCUGAUCCCUCUUAAGAGUGGAGGUCUGCCUCUGUUCUGACUGUAGCAAUUGUGUGACUGUAGUGAUUAAUUGCUGAUUAUAUUUACCUGCAUAUUUAUCUAGAAAAAUGAAUGUACUUUACUGGUGACCAAAUUAUUCACAGUCAAAAUGUGGAGG